GGAAAAUCUCUGUUUUGAUUUGAAUUCAACCAACCAAAUGCAAGCAGAGGCGGAUUUUCAAGGGGCAGAGGGAAUUUUGAAAUUUUCAUCCUGCUAUUUACACUCUUACACACAUACAAAUUACUAUAAUAUAAUUUUAUUAAAAACCCGACUACCUAGGAGUUUGUGUUUUAACUCAAGGAGUGAAAAGACUAGAUGCAGCUCGUAAAAAGUGAGUCUAAUGGCGGUUACUGAACUAGCCAAGCCAGCAGCAACAGAACGCUAAGCUCUUUAAAUCGCCAUUUUAAAGUUUCGUAAAGUUGUACUUCAUGGACGCUGCCUAAUACACAAUAAUGAAAGCGAUGAAAGAGGAGACUGCUGAAAUUAAACAGAUUAACGACGACAAAGACCUCAGUUGUAGUCUUUGUAAGAGGUUCGACAACAUUCCAGAGAAGUAUGGAGAGAAGAUCACCCUUCAACAGCACAACCUGACCGUCCACUAUUUCUGUCUGCUGAUGUCCAGUGGAAUUUGUCAGAGAGGGGAGGAGGAUGAAGACGUUCAUGGUUUUCUUGUGGAUGACAUAAAAAAGGAGAUCCGCAGAUCUUUGAGGCUGAAGUGCACGCACUGCAAAAAGGUUGGUGCUUCGGUGGGAUGCUCUAUCAAAAGCUGUCGGCAAAUGAUCCACAUGCCUUGUGGAUUAGAGCAGGGGUUUAUUUUCCAGUUUACCGGCUUGUUUCCGUCUUUCUGUAAAAAACAUGCACCUAGUCAGUCCUGCGUCUCCAGCCCCAGUCUGCCCCUCUCCUGCUCCGUCUGUCUGGAGCCCAUUGAACCCAUCCUCUCCUACAACGUCCUCAAGUGUCCUGCGUGUCAUGGAAGCUGGUUUCACAGAGAUUGUGUACAGCACUAUGCACACAGUGCUGCCAUGUUUUUCCUCAAAUGCACACUCUGCAAUAACAAAGACCAGUUUCAGCAGGAAAUGCUCAGAAUGGGAAUAUAUAUACCAGAGCGGGAUGCAUCAUGGGAACUAGAAGAAAAUGCAUAUGGAGAGUUACUGCAAGUGUACCAGCACUGUGAUGCUGUAAAGUGUCGUAGUCACAAAGGUCGUACACACAGCUCACAGUCAGGGCUUUUUGAAAUUGUUCGUUGCAAGUUGUGUGGAUCCAGGGGAACUCAUAGGAAGUGCUCCAACCUUAGGCUUUAUGAAACCGACUGGAUUUGUGCUGAUUGUAAAGCUGCUGUUGAGGAAAAUAAGUCAGUGCAAUUGCCAAACCAUGUUGAAUCACCACUGGCUAUAAGGCAAGAGAGGAAGAGGCUGUUUAGAAACAUUUCUGACCUUCACUCUUCACUUAUCACUAAAAGGCAGUGUGUGCCAGCCACUUCUACAGAGGUCUUAAUGGAUCUGGCCUGUCAGAUAUCACCGCAGCAGUCCACUGAGGUGCUAGUGGGAGAUGAUGAUGGGGUGAUGGAAGCAGCUCUGCAGGUUCUGCGGCAAAGUGACUUUAAUCCCUGCUUCACACUUUCUGUGAAAUUCUCCAAAGACAAACUAAACAACAACAUUAGGAAUCAGCGUUGCUUUCUCAGACGUCUUGUUUCGAAACUGCAGAUGUCAGAAAUCUUUGAGGGACCUGAUGGAGCUAAAAACCUGGCUCUGAAUUCAAAAGCUCUGAGGGAUGAUCUCUACUUUGAAGUCGGCAGUCUGUUGGCCCUCUCUUUGAUUCACGGAGGUCCUCCCGUGGGCUUCUUCUCUCCAGCGCUCUACCAUAGUCUGUUCAACUUCCCCACAAACUACAGGCCUACUUUACAAGACCUCGGAGACACUGCUUUUGCUCACAAAAUCAGACAGAUUGCCGAAGCAAAGUCAAUGAAGGAGCUGAGAAAUGCGAUGCAGUCAGCGUCACAAUACUUGGAAGCAGCAGGCUGCUGGAGAAGGAUUAGCAAACUCUCAGAGAAGGAUAUGUUGGUGGAGGAUGUACUAAAUUUCUACCUGAUCAUCAGAUUACAGCUACCUCUGCAGAGGUUGGUACCCUAAACUGCCUGUGCUCUGUGUUAUUACAUAUAUCUUAACAUUUAUAAAACAAUUAUACAUAGUUAUUAUAUCAUUAAUUGAACAUUCUGUACUAUUCAAAAGUUUUUUUUGUUUUUUUAAUAAAGAAAUCACUUCUUUUUAGUAUGGAUGCAAUAGAUUUAAUGAAAGUGACAGCUAAAAAAACAUUUAAAAUGUUACAAAAGAUUUCUAUUUGAAAUAAAUGCUUUCAGUUCAUCUUAGGAUCCUGAAAAAGUACAUUUACAUUUAUGAAUUUAGCAGAUGCUUUUAUACAAAGUGACUUAAAAUAGAGGAGCAUCAUCAAUUUGUCACAGAGCUAACAAUAUUCACAGUAUAGACCUUAUGUAGCCCUGCCCCUUUUCAGCGCUGCGGUCGUUGUGUUCUGUCUUCCGGUUUGUAUUUCUACAGCAUGAAGGUAAGAUCUUACGGAUUUAUGAAUGAAUGCUCAUUUUAAAAUCUUCCCAGUCUACUGACAUUUGUUAUGAAAUCUGCUUCAAACAUUAUACUGCUCAUGAUAACUCUUUAAAGGGAUAGUUCACCCAAAAAUGAAAAUUCUGC